UCAGAGGUGGUAAAAACAGUCAGGCAAAAUUUUUAUGUUGACGACUGUUUGAAGAGCUUGCCCUCAGAGGAGGAGGCCGUUGUGAUGGUUAAAGCUCUUAGGGACCUCUGCCUAAAGGGAGGCUUAACUUUGACAAAGUGGAUCAGUAACAGCCGGACAGUGCUGCAAACCAUUGAAGAGGAGCAUAGAGCUAAAGACUGGAAAGAACUGGAUGUGGAUAGAGAUGAGCUUCCAGUCGAGAGAGCCCUUGGACUACAGUGGUGUGUGGAGUCGGACACGUUCAAAUUCAAAAUGAUGGUGAAAGAGCAAGCACAGAGCAGAAGAGGAUUGUUGUCUAUAAUCUGUUCAGUUUAUGAUCCCUUGGGGUUUCUUGCACCAGUGACACUGCCAGCAAAGGUUAUGCUGCUAGAGCUAUGUCGCAGAUGUUGUGGGUGGGAUGACAACAUACCUGCAGACAUUAGCCAUCAGUGGACUGGAUGGAUGGAGGAUCUGAAAAGGUUGGCUUCAUUCAAAGUGAAGAGAUGCAUUAAGCCCAAACAUUUUGGACAGCCCAUUAAAGCAGAGCUGCACAACUUUUCUGAUGCCAGUGAAGAUGGAUUUGGCACUGUCACCUACCUCAGAAUUGAAAACAGCGAGGGCCAGGUCCAUGUCUCCUUCUUGCUGGGAAAGGCAAGAGUCACCCCAUUGAAACAGAUAACCAUUCCUCGUCUGGAGCUUACAGCUGCUGUCCUCGCCGUUCGAGUGGAUCAGAUGUUAAGAGCAGAAUUGGAGCUGCCACUAGAUCAGUCAACUUUCUGGACAGAUAGUACUUCAGUGCUCAAGUAUAUAAAAAAUGAGGACAGACGUUUCCACACAUUUGUGGCGAAACGGGUGUCAACCAUCAGAGAUGCAACUCAUGUGUCUCAGUGGAGGUACAUCAACACCAAAGACAACCCUGCUGACUACGCCUCUAGAGGUAUGAAGGUUGGAGAUCUGUUGAAUGGUAGUAGCUGGAUUGAAGGCCCAAGGUUUCUUUUUGACCCAGAAAAGGAUUGGCCUUCAGACAUCACAGAGGCCACAAUUGCAGCCGAUGAUGUAGAGGUCAAAAGGUAA